UGUACGCUUGGUACGAAUUUUGGUCAAAAUAUCAUAAAAUGUUGGACAAAAAGUCGCCUUUCUAAUAAAAACCUAAGAAAUGCAUCGAAAGCAAACGAAUGUUUGAAGUUGUACAACGAGUGGUAAUAAUUCGUGAUUUUGAAAACAGAAAUCUAGGUCAUGAGUGAACAUCUUGAAACAUUUCUUUCCAAUAUCAGCAGUCUUAAUGAUGACGAUGAUGAAUAUCCUGUUUCUUGUUAUGAUGUAAAGGAAGCAUUUCAAACAAUGACUUCUAAUGAGGAUUUGGAUUUUGAAGAGAUUGCUGAAGGUUUUCAUACGGAUUUAGAUGCAUUUAUGUCUGUGUUAGACGAUUACCCCUCAUCAGAAAACGAAGAUUCACAAAACAAAAAUUUGAUCAAGACAUCCGAGCAUUGUGUACAGGGUGAGAGCAUGUCUAACUCUCAGUCUGAGAACGAAUUUAUUGAGGUGUCAAGUUCUUCGGCCUCAAGAUCAACAAAUAUGAUACUUAUGGAUUUUGAUCCUGAUGAUGAACGCAAUAAGAUUAUUUAUGAUGUACCUGGCAGCAAUGACCUGUCUUCACAUUCCUCCCGAAAAAGCGACAAUGUUAAUGUUAAAAAAGAGCACGAAUUUGUAGAUAGGCUAAUUCUACAAGUUCCUCUUGGUUUGCCAAAAGAAUCCGUAGGAACGAUUGAAAAGAGAAAUAGAAAUAGAUCAACCGGUAAGAAAGAUGUGCAUUUAGAAAAUAAUUACUCCAAAAACGUUGCAACGAUUGAAAAAACGAAAAGAAAAAUAUUAACCGAUGAUAAAGAUGCGCAAAAUAUAUCAAACGGCGAUAAAGAUGUGCAUGAAGUGGAAGAUCAAGUUAAAGACUCGCAGAGCUCAAAAGAUAGUGAUGAAACACUGGAUCUAUCAACGGUGGAGAUUAUUAAAUCCGAAGCCGAAAAUCCUAAAAUGAUGGUGGAUCAGCGGCUGUCAUCGCCGACACAAAACAAAGUCGAACAAUUGGUGAACGAUUCUAAACAGACUCUGAAGAAUUUGGUCGAAUAUAAUCAUAAAUUUACGAAAACAAUUAGAGAUCCUUAUGACGGAGAUAACAAGACGGAAGGUAAAAGCCGCGAUGAUGAAAACAAAGAGUCGCUUGAGAAGCAAAAGAAAUUUCUAGCUCCUCAGAAAAGUGCGGAACAGCUAGGAUGGAAUUCGAGCGAUGAAGAUGUGAAAAUAAAUGGAGACGAGGUUUCAAAUAAGUAUCGAGCGAAAACAUUAACCAAGAGACGUACUGCUUGGACAGAAGACGAAAUCGGAUUUAUAAGAGAUGGCAUACGCCUAUUUGAUGUAGGUGACUGGGCAGCAAUCCGCGAUCAUUUUCCUUUUCAAGAUUGUCAUAAAAAUAGUGUCGCAAUCAAGGAUAAAUACCGAAAUAUGAAAAAGAAUGGUGAAACGUUUGGAGAGAAACCUAAAAAAGAACGUAAGAAGGGCGGCAAAAAGGCGCGUGCGCCCAAAUAGGGAUAUGCGACGUCUUUUAUUCGCUAUUCUAACGUUCAUGUCUAAUUCUGCCUAUUAACUGUAUAUAACCACUUUAGUGUAUUAAAAUAGCUUAGCGUGUUAGGGUGGGAUUUGACCCUACACCAUUUUGUUUAUAUAACAUUUUAAGACAUUAGGCCCUUAUACCUCCGGUAUGUAUAGACGCAGCACGGUUAAUUUCAUAUUGUAAAAAAUGCGAUUCAUUGCGAUAUUAUUCCGUGAGAGGCAAUAAAUAGUGUUUUUACAGUCAAUGAACCCUGGAAAUAUGCAUUGUAAGCCCGGGUAUACGAGGCUGACAUGUUAGUAUAGGCGAUAUAGCAUAGUUUCGAGUGCAAUUAUGGAUAAGUGCAGCUAGUCUAACCCUUACCUACACUGCAGCCCUUGUCAACAAAGGGGACUUGCCAUGUGACAAGUCAGUUCAGUCGAGAUUUUCCAAACUCAGUUCACUCCGUGUUUUACAAUUCUGUCAACAGUCCAGAUCACGUUUUGUAUAUGUACUUUUGUAUUACGGCUCGAAGUGUGUAACUAAUAGCCCACUUGCGAGUUGCGUGAAAUGUAGGAGAAUGGUGCCGAAACUCAAAAUGAAAAC